GGUAUUUUUUUUUAGCUUGAUAAUUUGGUCGUGAUGAUAUGGAUAUGAGCUAUGGAUACACAGAGUUGUCUCCCCGAUGUAAUCAUUCUCCUUAUACUCGGGUCAUUCCUGACACUCAUGAGUAAAAGAGAGGAUUCCCGGUAAACGCCACAGUUAUUAAAAUCCAUCAGCUGGAAUGACAGAAACAAAAGCAAGAAGGAAUCGAAACUGCGUGACACUGCCAACAGGGAUGGAAAGUUUUGGCAUUAUAAUGUGGAAGACGUAUUGCUCAUGUUAAACUUUCGGGAACAAUAGGUUUACAGCUUACAAGUGCGGGUGUGUGUGUAGCUUGUGCACCUGGGAUGGCACUGUGUGGCCCCGGGCUGGGCUUUCUGCCUGUCACCCUGGUAUUUGUGGCCUGUAGCACCAUUGUCACCUCCUACAUAAUUGCCAUUUACAGAGGACACGUCGUACCUUUCUUUCCUUACAUCAGUGAUACAGGCUCCAAAAGUCCGGAGAGUUGUAUAUUUGGGCAGUUUGUUAACAUUUCUGCAGCUCUAGCUUUGUUGGUGAUGUAUGUGAGGUACAAGCUGGUGUUCUCGCUUGUGGGAGAUGAAAGUCGCUCUAUUCGCAACCUAAAUGUUAUAUCCAUGGUACUGGCAGUGUUCAUUUCCCUUGGACUAAGCAUGGUUGCCAAUUUUCAGGAGACCAAUGUGGAGCCCGUGCACAUCACUGGUGCAGGCCUGGUAUUUGGCUUAGGGGUUCUCUAUGAGCUCAUGCAAACCAUCCUCUCCUAUCAGAUGAACCCAGGGUUUAAUGGCCUUUACAUCUGUCGGGUUCGUCUUUCCAUUUCUCUGGUAUCACUUGUGGCGAUGAUCAUCACAUUUGUGGCAGCUGUCAUAUCCCGGUCGAAAUGGGACAAAGAGCCUCAUGCCCAUGACAAGUUUCAUUGGAGCCCUGGAGAUGAUGGUUACCCAGCUCAUAUUACUAGUACAAUGGGGGAGUGGGUGAUGUGUAUAUCAUUUCUCAUUUUCUACCUGACAUAUGUAAGAGAUUUUCAGAAAGCCCAGCUGGAGGUGAGCACACACCUGAGGGUACAGCACCUGGAUGAGACACCUGUGUACACAGACCGAGCUGAUGAGAGAACAAGACUUCUGAUCUAAGCCUCAGCAGACCUCACUUUAGAGCGGGAAAACAUACACUGCUGCAUGCAAACUGCUCAUUUAUAACUGUCAGAAACUAUGUGUUUUUGUUGAUUUUAGUAGAUCAAUUGUCACUGUUUUAACACCUGCUCAUCCUAAAUUGUCUAUCAGAAGAUAAAUGCCACAUUCCAGUCAUGUCAUUUCUUUCAUGAAUGGCAAAUUACAAGCAAGUACAAUUUGCUAAGUGCAUUAGUUUUAGCGCAGUUAAGGAUGAUAAUUUUUUAGCUCUGUACAUACAGUUAAUUAUUCUGUAAUUUUUGUAGUAGCACAUGCAUGUUCAUUACACUGUUUGAACAUUUAUAUAAACAUUUUACUGAGACUCUUAUUCAGUGGUAAGGAAGUGUAAGAAAUAUAAGCAUUUAUAGAGGCAGUUUUUGUGGGGAUUUUGUGGAUACCAUUGGGUAGGAAUUUUGCUUGAUUUCUAAUGUCUCAUUUCAAAGAUUUUUUUGAAAGUGAUAUACUGACACCAGCAAAGGCCCAUGUCUAUGUAUGACAAUAUGACUGUAUACAUGUACAUGUGAAUGUUUUGUGUUGAUGGUGUUCAUUGUUUCUGUUGUGAUACAGCUGUUCUUGAUGGCUUCCCUAGAAAAAUCCCAUGACAGUCCUUUUCAUUGAUAUAACCACAUCUGCUAGUGCUGAUAUCUUCAGCCUAUGGGGUGAUGAGUUUGGAUAUUUGGUUAUACAGUCUUACCAAGACAAAUCAGACACAGGAAACAUAACCCACUUACCAUUACUAUGGCUUUUAGAUUGACCAUCAAAGUCAUCUCAUUCCUCUCAAAACCUUUUCCCUUUCCCAUUAUGACUUGAGGUUGUCAUUAUUGUGACAGUAAUGUGCCAUUACCAUGACAUUUGUGUACCAUUAUGAAGACAUCAGAGUGCAAAUAUGAUGAUGUUAGUAUGCCAUUAUGAUAACAUUAGUCUGCCCUGGAAUUAAGAUAAUCCUGGUAUGCCGUAAUGAUGAUGUCAAUGUGUCAUUAUGAUGACAUUAAUGUGCCAUUCUUAUGAUGCCUGUGUCAUUUUGAUGGCAUUAAUGUGCCAUUAUAACCUGGUCAUGUGCUUGUUUUAUGAGUGUAGAAGGUGUCAAAAUAGUUGUACACUAGUAGUGUGUUGAUGUAGUGUGUUAAUUCCGUUAAUAAACCGUUCAAUUCAGUUCGGCAGGCUAUACAUUUUUGCUCUUUAAACUGCACUUGAGGAGACCAUUACAUGUCUGUAUGUCAUUAGUCAUUUAAAUGUUCCAUCUGCAAACAGCAAACGUCAUAGCUUUAAGGUGUUUUGUACAUAAAAUAAUAGUAAAUCCCCCUAUAACACAUACAUAUAUAUUGUAUGAAAACUGACUGUUAAUUAUCACCAAAAUUAUUUUUCAAUUUUUUGUUGAGAAAAAUAUCGUGUGAUCUGGUUUGAAGGAAACUAGGAAUUUUAUUGACAAUAAGAGAGUACAGAAUUAUUUCCUAGCACAAUUAACAAGUUUUAAAGUCGUACGAGUGUCAAACCGUAAUUUAAAACCUGAGUCAUGUAGCACUCGCUAUAGAUGAUCACUGAGCAGAAAGUAACAGGUAAUGAGAUAGUGGGUAUCAUUUGAUUGCCUUGCAAUAUCAAAAAACCUACCAUACAGGUAUCUUUGUUGGUUUUCUGUUGUGUGCAAGAGAUAUACCUGUCAACACUUGUGCUUUGAAAAUGUGCUUUGAUUAGGUGUGAAUCAUCUCAGAAGUAUGACACUUUUGUCGUACAGUAUUUUACCAGUGUAUUCCUUCUUGCAGCUAUAGACACGUAAUCUAUUCAACCGUAUAGUGCUUUAUAAUCGGUUCUACAGAGGGGUUUGUGUGCUGAAUGAGUUAAUUGUGUUAAAUAUAUAGCUUUAGUUAUAUGUAAACAGAAAAAAAUACGAAUUUAAAUUUGAUUCCUUCCAACGUAUUGUCUUUUGACAACUCCUUGUCAUAAUAAAUGUUGUAGUUCUACAGAUUUUAUGAAA